GGCAAGGGAGCGGUAACUGUCGCGGUGAAACCGAUCUUCAGCCGGGACCUGGGCGAGGCGAAGCGGCGCGUGAGGGAGCUGUACCGGGCCUGGUACCGCGAGGUGCCCAACGCGGUACACCUAUACCAGCUGGACAUCACGGUGAAACAGGGGCGUACCAAAGUGCGGGAGAUGUUCAUGAAGAAUGCCCAUGUUACAGACCCACGUGCGAUAGACAUGCUGGUUAUUAAGGGAAAAAUGGAUCUUCAAGAAACCAUUCAGGUAUGGAAGCAGAGGACUCACAUCAUGAGGUAUUUCCAUGAGACGGAAACCCCACGACCUAAAGACUUUCUGUCCAAAUUCUAUGCAGGCCACGAUCCCUGAGAGAUUGACUCUAUGUCUUCCUGCCUUGUAUUACAAAUAAAGUUCUAUAUAGUAGAAAAAAAGUCUGUACAGAAAGAUUGUGUAGUGUAUUAGGGGCCUAAUGACUAACUCUGAAUCCAGUGUGUGUGCAAGUCAUUAUGAGCUGUAUGAAGCGCUGUGAUUUCCUAGUUUUGCCAAUGUGUAUUU